ACUCUAAAGUCUGAGAAUUCACUUGAAACAGAGCAGGGUUUUGUUAGUCAUAUGACAUUUUCCUUCCACUUCUAUGGACUGGGGCCAACACAAUGCACCCUGACCUACACCUCUAACAGGCGGUUGGUUAAUCUACAACUGCAGAAGGACAUUAAAAUUUCGCUCUCCUCUGAUCCUAUGAUGCAUUCACAAAACUCCCCUGAGGACAGAAACAUGGCUGAGCGAUGUUUUGAAGGUAAAGCGCACGCUGUCGCUUACAAACGCUACCGGGUUUCCCCUCCGCAAGAGCUGAUGGAUGAAGUGCUGCACUUCCUUGAAAAGAGGAGUGAGAGACUGUUUAACCUGGCUGUGGAUGUGGGGUGUGGCUCAGGACAAGGUACAGUUCUCCUGGCCCCUCACUUCACCACGGUGGUGGGCACAGACAUCAGCCCUGCCCAGAUAGAGCAGGCUAAAUCGCAUGAUCAUGCAUCCAACGUCUCCUACAGGCAGUGCCCAGCUGAGGAGCUGCCCUUUGAGAGUGGCACAGUUGACUUGGUGACGUCCAUGACUGCGGCACACUGGUUCGAUCGUCCACGUUUCCUGCGGGAGGCGGACAGGAUCCUGAAGCUGGGUGGAUGCAUAGCCCUGAUUAGUUACACCCUGAAUAUGGAGCUGGAGUUCAGAGAAAACGAUGCUGAGCUCAACAGGAUCUGUCAGGAGUUCUACACUGCCUUGCUGCCUUUUCGCAGUAGCUAUUUGGGCCCCAGUUCUCUUGACCGUUAUAAAGAGAUGUAUGAGUCCAUUCCCUACCAAAAUAAAGAGUGGCAUGAGUGUCUCAGGGUUAGGAGGAAGAUGCCAUUGACUGACUACAUUGGUAUGGUUGAGACGUUCUCCAGCUAUCAGGCUUUACUGAAGAAGGAUCCGGCGCAGGCUCAGAAGCUGUCUGAGGAAAUCAUGGACAAGCUGUUGAAUGCGAUGGGGACCUCCUCAGCAGACACAGAAGUGACAGUUGUGAUUAAGUAUUUUUACUUACUGGCUUCAAAGGAUAAAACAGACUGAAUGGUUAACUCUCUGGGAAUAUGUACAUGACCUCAGCUUUCUCACGCUCACAGAAAAGGAAUUAUUCAUUAUUUCCUUGACUGAGCAAAUUAAAAUAAGACCCUGAGAACAUGUUUUGUACAAGGUUUUGUGCAAAUAAAAUAAUCAUUCUUUCUGUGAACGACAUGAUCUUUUCAAUAUACUUGAAGCUGUAUGCUAUUUUGUGUGUAAAAUUAUGCAUCUGGAAUUAUGAAAUCGAAGUAUGAGUGUGGAGAAGAAACAUAAAGUGUAAACGCUGCCUUUUAGGUUUUAAAAACUGG